UUUUUAUUUUUUAUUUUUUAUUUUUUAUUUUUUUUAUUUGUCUUUCAACGUCCCAAAAUAAUUUUUUUUACCACUUACAUUCUCCAAAUUUGUCUCUAGUCCCUCCUGGUCCCUUUGUCUCUCUAUCUUCCUUUCUUUCUCUCUCUUCUACUUACUCUCCAUCUCACUUACUUCAUCCAAACAAAGCUCAGAUUUGUUUUACGUCUUGCACAAAACGUAUAUCGACCCAUUUUCUGAUUCAAAUUUCUUGUUCGAAACAAAAAAAAACCGUUUUUUUUGUCUUUUGGGUACUGUUUUAAAUAAUGGGUUCUUUUAAAUUCCGCCAUUGAUGAACUAAGGCACACAAAAAGGAUACAAUUUGAAGUUUUGAAUUCAACAAAAAAAAUGAGAGAUUUCCCAUCUUGUUUCGGAGAAAAUGCUGUUCAAAUAAGUGAUUCUUCAUCUUCAAAUGGUAAUAAAACUGCUCAAAAUCUGGUUACUUGUGUAUAUCAAUGUCGAAUUCGAGGGAAAUCAUGUCUUAUAACAGUAUCAUGGAGUAAGAAUUUGAUGGGGCAAGGUCUUAGUAUUGGAAUUGAUGAUUCUAGUAACCAAUCUUUGUGUAAGGUUGAAAUUAAGCCAUGGUUAUUCUCUAAGAGAAAAGGGUCAAAAUGUUUAGAAAUUGAGUCUAAUAAUACUUCUAUUAACAUAUAUUGGGAUUUUUCAUCUGCUAAAUUUGGAUCUGGACCUGAACCUUUAGAGGGUUUUUACUUAGCAAUUGUUUGUGAUAAUCAAAUGGUUUUACUACUUGGGGAUAUGAGGAAGGAUGCCUUUAAAAAGACUAGUAUUACACAAUGUCCUAAUUCUGCUGUUUUCAUUGCAAAGAAAGAACAUGUUUAUGGCAGGAAGGUUUUCUAUUCUAGGUCAAGGUUUAGUGAUAAUGGUCCUGUGCACGAUCUCAUGAUCGAGUGUGAUACGAUUAGCACAAAUGAACCGUGUUUGAUUGUUCGUGUCGAUACCAAGAAUGUGUUGCAGGUGAAGAGGCUAAGAUGGAAAUUUCGCGGUAAUCAGGAUAUUGUGAUUGAUGGGUUAUCUGUUGAGUUUUUCUGGGAUGUGCAUAGUUGGCUUUUUGGUACAUGUCCUGGAAGUGCAGUUUUUAUGUUCAGAACUAGUGUUUGUUCUGAGAGGAUAUGGGCUAAUCAGUCUGUUUGUGAUCCUAGUGUAUUGCAUUGGUCGACUUCGGAAAGGUUUCGAGAUUCUCAAUCACAUAACUAUUGUUUCUCUUUGAUUUUGUAUGCUUGGAAGCAAGAAUAGAGAUCCAUUAGGGAGUGUUCAUUUACUUUUCCAUGUGAUGGAACUAUACCAUAAUUCUUAUAUGAUUGGUUUUGCUAUGUCUUUCUUAUCCUUUUUGUGGAGGAGGGAGACAAAUUAAAUAGAUCAAAGUGAUUUUUUUUUGUCUUUGAAUGUAAAUUCCUUUGUCCAUUUCCUCAAUUUUUUUUUACAGAAUUGUGUUGCUUUAUGAAGAUUAUUUCACAUUUGUGGUUAUCAAUCAUAGAUGAUUUGAUGAAGAUGAUUACAUUUGUACCUCUGUGGCCGACUUGUCUUGUCUUCAGGUGUUCAUUUGGUUCAUCGGGUUGAUUUUGGGUCAGUUCAAAAUCUGGCCUUGUGUCCAUAUUGGUUUUUACAUUUUUUAAAUUCAUUUAAAAUCGAAUCAAGUCAGGUUCGAUUACAAGGUUGGGUAAAUGUCGGAUCAUCGGGUUUGUUUUGAACACCUCUAGACUCUUGUCUUGUCUUUGUUAUGUCUUAUCUAUGGUGAGUUUUGGGUCUUUUGUUUUCAUUUUCAUGCCAUUCUCUUACAUUCUACAACCUAUUUUUCUCUUUUGAGAAGAAUAUGGUUUGCCGUCAUCCAACUCUCUCUAAUCCCUGAUCAUAGCUUAUUUGAGCAUGAUAUAUUGGGUAUAAUGACGCCGACGACGAUUUUGCAGGAUCUAAGAUCGAUUCGGUCGAGAAAAUUUCAAGGUUGGCUUUUAGCAAGUUAUCACAACCUUGAUCAUAUCUAGUAAAAUAAAAAUUUGUAUUUGGAACUUUUAAGAUCUACUUUUAAAAUAACACAGUGAACUACUUUGUUUUCUGCAGAGAUGUGUAAUUUAACAGGGAUGGGUUUUUUGGUUAAAGUUUUUUCAUUGUGUUAGGCUAUCCAAGGGGUCAAGUGAUGACUGGAUCUCAUUGGCGUGCAUUGUGCAAUUUGCUAGACGUGCUGGUAGCUUUGCCGCUUUUACAUGAUGUGGCUGUGAAUGAUCUAUGGCGUAUGUGGUUGGGCCGUCCACUUGCCGAACUGGUCGACCUUGCCUAGUCGUUCGUGCUUAGCCACCAAAAGUGAGGUCUAAACAUGGAAAGUGUGUCGUGUUGGAUCAUCUAUGUGUUGUGCCCAUCAUGCCUCAUGCCAAAUCAUGCCGUGGACAGUCGUGCAUCGUCUCGCUGUGCCUGGACAACCCACAUGCUAGCCCGACCCACUUCCAUUUUUAGUGCCCCAGUUAUGGAGUCUACAACAUUGGAUUCUAAAAGCUCUCAUGUACUUAGGUGUUUCAAAUUUAGAGGAACAAAAGGAUUAUUAAGAGUAAAGACCGCAUACAUCUCGUGUUGAAACUCCAUUUACAGGCGAUGGACCAAUGUGACGUCUAGUGUGCCACUGCUAUUGAGUCUUGACGACUCCAUCUACUCGACUGUCAUGAACAAGUGUGGCUCAUUCGAGGACUCAUUUAUGACUCUUGUUGUCUGCAUGGGCUAACUAUCGAGUAUUGACCACACACUGCAUUCUGAUGCUAUUUUUCUCAGGAUUGAAAAAGUUGGUCAUCAACACAAAAUGUCAUUUUUCUUAGAAAAGUGGUAGAAAAGAAAAUAACGUAAAAUAAAUGAAACGAUUAAUAAGAUACAGGGAAAGUUGUCGUUUUCGGAGUUUUCAUGGGAUACCUUUAACAAUGAAGACUUGAGUGGUGUUUGACAAGCGUGAGUGUGGGCAUGUGUCAUUUCUUUUGGUACAACCAAAAAAUUAACUUGUAGUUAUAGAUUUGAGUGGUUUGGAGCAAAUAAGUCCUUUUACUGUGUUUUUAUAACUGAAAUUUGUUGAAAUAUUAAUACAAUUUUGACUACUCUAAAGUUUAGAGUGAUGAAAAAUUCAAUUUAAUUACUGUUAGCCGUAAAAAUUGAUAUGGAAUUGAUGCAUUUUUCAAAAUUAUACUUUUUGACUUUUGAUUAGACUUGCUAAUUGCCCAAAAAAAUUUGACCUUUUCAAACCGAAAAAGAUUCAACCAUAAUGAUGACUCAAUACAAAAUCAACUUAACCUGGAAAUGUAAAUGGUUA